AAACUAAACGUGGGCCAGUUUGCUUGGAAGCGAAAGUCAUUGAAAGGGUUUGUUACCGUAACAUAAUUCCUGAUUUCGUGCUUUAAUACUUGAUGUUUUUAUCAGUAUUCCCUCUUGAUUACGCUUAUAGGCGCUAUUCAUAAUGAUUAUUACCGAUAAGAAAUGGCAACAUUGGAUCCACAGAUUGUCUUAAUUUUAGAGCAAACACUCCAGAUUAGAUAUGGAAAAUAUUGGUUAACAAGCAACUAUAAAGACCUCAAAAAACUGGUGAAAGUAAUCAGUUUUUGACCAUGGCUGCUUCAUCGAACACGUUGUUUUUUCUUUGUGGGAUUUUUACAUUUUCUCUGGCUUUCGCCCAACUAAAAGUUAAAUGUCCAUCGGGCUUCACUCUUGUUGGAGAAAAAUGCUAUCGUGUGUCCUACGAAAAUGCCAAUUGGUUUAAUGCCGAUCGCAAAUGCUACAGUUUAAACUCCACUCUGGUUGUAUUUGACGAUAGGAAGGAUAUGCAGCUGUUGACAGCCACUCUUGAAGUUCUGGGCAUACCUUUCGCCAACAGCUGGAAGGACUCCAUUUGGACAGGACUCACUUCCCUGGGAAUGGGUAGUGCCUUUGUUCAGAAUCGCGAUGGCUCGUCCGUUGCGUAUACGCCCUGGAGUGCAAAUCAACCGCAGAAUCUCUCCGGAAAAGACUGUGUAGCCUAUGCUGAUUACAAUGGCUUUGGAUACCACAAUAUCGAAUGCAGCCUGUACGAGUUUCCCUUCGUAUGUCAGGCCAAAAGGGUGGCAACCGAAAGCUAUUUGUGUUUAAAGAAGCAACAAUUUUUAGAGGUAGAUGUAGUUGUAUAAAAUUCUUUAUACGUCCGUUAUAGAGACAGCAAGAAGCGAAUAAAAACUAUCUUUAGGUCUAAAAAUGGAACUUUUCCACUCAGACAGCCAAAGGGUAAAUAGUCAUAAACAAAACUGGCUAAGCCGAUAAAAAAUGUGUUGACGUUUUGGCGAGAAGAGGCAAACUCGCAACAGGUCAUAAGUCAUUUCUUUUUCCUGAAUUUAUGGAAUUUAUCGAAGCGGUCACAAAUUGGCAAAAGUUGGAACACAGAGAGCAAAGCGAGAAAAUAAAGCUCAUUAAAAAAUAAUGUUUUCUAGGGUCCUUACAUUUGACUUGUUUUUAAAGAACAAGUCCAGGAAAUAAAGAAAACUUAACUGGAAUCGCGAAGAAAGAGUUUCGCUGCAGUGCAAACAGAUGGCAACGAGGCACAAAGCAAAAUAAAACUACAAGUCAGGCAAAUAAAUACAAAUCUUCUUUGUCUCCAAGAAACACAGAACUCAUUUAGAAGAAUUACAAUUACAAUUGCAGUGGCAGGCGACUAACACCUGUGUCAACAGGCGCUGUCCAGCAUUUAUUCUUUAUCCCCGGUGAUUGGCGUGCCCAGAGCUCGGACAAUCAAUCAUCCGGCCGGAUUGCCAUUUAAGCCAUGCCCAAUGUUGGCCCCAUGGGAUUCGCAGGCUCACCUGACUUAGUGGGCAAACAGACAACAAUUAAUAAUUUGAGUCUAAUUAAAUAAGUGCCGGCACCUCUUUUGCAGACAAAGUACAAAAGUCUGACUUUUCCCCGGCAAAUGCAAAUCAUUUUAAUGCGAUUAAUUAAUAU